AGCCGCCCCUCUCCUCCCCGUCCCCGAGCCAAAAUCCAAGAGAGAAUCGGAGACCACGGCCGGAGCCGCCUCCCCCUCCCCGACCUCGCGCCCUCGCUACAUGGCAGCUACGCGUCUCCACCACGCCCAAUCCGACUACGACACCCUCAAGAACAACCCCUGCUUCUCCUUCUCCUUCUCCUGCCCUUGUCCCCAACCGCAGCGCGCGCAUCUCGAUUUCCACGCCGGUUUUCGCUCCUCACUCCGCGCCCUCUCCUGAUUCGGGGUCCGCCCUCGUCUGACCCUCGCCGCGCGGUUCUUGCGCGGUUGUGGGUUUCUUGUGAUUCGUUCGUAGAGACGCCCGUUUCCUGAUUCCGGUUCUUGCCGCGCGGAGGGUCUCGCCAUGGGGAAGAGCAAGAAGAGCAAGGCCCGCGGCGGCGCCGCGGGGGACGACCUCCUGGACAGCAGCGACGCCGACAGCGUCGAGACCUCCUCCACCGCGCUCUCGGAUCUCUCCAUCUCCUACGCCACCGAGAACGUCAACUCCCACGAGUUCGUACUAGACAAGUACAUCGACGCGCUCUACGAGAAGAGGGGGUCUACAAGAGAGGCAGCGUUGGCUUCGUUGGUUGAUGCUUUUGAAAGUUUUAUGCUUGAUGGCCUUGUUGAGAACAAAUAUGCUACUCUGCUGAGUCUAUUCAAUACUUCAAUAAAGAAGGGAUCUACCAAGGAGGCUUGCCUGGCAUCUCGUGCCAUUGGGUUACUGUCUAUUACACUUGGUGCUGGGAGUACCUCACAUGAAACAAUGGUAGAAUCACAUCCACAACUUUCUAAGGUCCUUCAAACCUGGUCGGAUGCUUCAAAGAUGAUCUCUGCCCUUGAUUGCUUGGCUGUCGUCACAUUUGUUGGUGCAACUGAUCUCGCUGAAACAGAGUUAUCUUUGAAAGCCAUGUGGGAUGUGAUUCAUCCAAAAUCAGGUUCAAAUGUGGGUACUGUCCGGAAACCAAAGCCACCUGUGUUAGCAGCUGCUCUAUCCUCAUGGACAUUUUUGCUAACAACUAUUGGUUCAUGGCGGAUCAACACUGAUAGCUGGAAGGAGCCAAUUGCAUUUCUGUCUACUCUUCUAGGAGCAGAGGAUCGCGCUGUUCGCAUGGCUGCUGGUGAAGCAUUAGCUUUGUGUUUUGAGUUAAAGCUACUUGAUGUCUCCGCUUGUGAAGACGAUGAUGAUGACACUGGAGUAGCUGGUACCUCCAAGAGUAAACUUUUCCUGGAUAUGCAAGCAUUGAAAGCCAAAAUAGCAGGUCUUGCCUCCAAUCUCUCUGCGGAGGCAGGGGGCAAAGGUGCAGACAAGAAAAAUCUUUCUGACCAAAGAGAUCUGUUCCAACGGAUUCUGGAUUUUGUUAAGUAUGGCGAGUGUCCUGAAGAAUCACUGAAGAUUGCUGGAAAACGUGAUGUUUUAAGGGUUUCAUCAUGGUCCGAACUGAUUCAGUUGAACUUCUUCAAGCAUUUCCUUGGGAGAGGCUUCCUGAAGCAUGUGCAGGACAAUGGACUUCUUCAAGAUAUCUUCAGUAUCAGGACUGAUAAGGCUGAAUCCCUGUCAUCUAGUGACAAGAAAAUCUUUAGGUCUGGAGAAGAGAAAGGAAGAGCUCUGAAGCUGAACAAGGAUCGUCGCCAAGCACAGGAGAGGAAGAACGCUGCUUUGUUCAACGAGUAAUAAGAAAACACAACCCCACAACCUCAUCGGCCUGGCAUUUUACUCUUUCAGCCAGAAUUUAUUUAUCUGUGUAAACAACUACAGGCAGGGAGUCUACAGAGCCUGCUCUAUCUUGUGAUAUAUUGAUGUACUCGAAAAACACUUGGUCGAAAUGAUGAUGAUUAUUGUUGUUCA